AAAUUUGUUUGUCACUUGGUCGUUUGCGUUUGUAUCGCGUCGGAGGUGAGCAGUUUGCAAUAGUCAUGUAGGUAGACGAAUAAUAUAAAAUAAUGUAUGUAGACUGGGAUAGACAGUAGAGUUAGAAUGUGUGAGAAAGAAAGCAGUUUGUGAGUUGUUUUGUGUGGUGGAGUGUUAUUGUUUGUUUGUUGUGUAGAAAUGAACGAAGAAUUGAGGGAAGCGGUGGAGAGAGGUGAUAUUGAGUCAGUAACGCGUCUUUUGGAGAUGAAAGGUGAUGUCAAUGCUCGUGAUAAGGAUGGGAACACUCUUCUGAUGCAAGCGUGUAGGAAGAAGAAAAAGGAGAUGGUUGUGUUGCUGCUCUCUAAAUCAGCAGAUGUUAAUGAGACUGGUGAUUGUGGAUGGACAGCUUUGAUUGUAUCUGCAAUCGUCAGAUCAGAAGAGAUCACUGAUCUACUACUGAAUGUCAAAGAUAUUAAUGUGAUGAAGGGAGAUUAUUGGGGAAGGACAGCCAUCCAUUAUGCUGCAGGGAAUAAUCACGUGACCAUUGUAGAGAGACUUUUGUCUUGUUCUGUUCCUGUUGAUAUCAAUGAUAAUGAUGGUUGUACACCAUUGUUGUUUGCUGCCUGGCAUGGUGAUGUGUGUUGUGUUGAUGUUCUUCUAAAACAUGGAGCGAGUCCCCAACAUGAGAGUGAGUGUGGAGUAUCACCACUGGAGAUUGCCAAGGGAAAGGGUCACAGUGAUGUGGUUGAGAUGAUGGAAGAAGCCAUAAGAUUGACAUCUCAUCCUUAUGUGGAGGGUCGCAUGUUUGUCAUGAAACGUCAAUAUGAAGAGACAAUUGCUGAACUGCAGAGUGAAGUGGACAAGAUGAAAGAAGAAUUAAGACAAUCAUCCUUGGUCCACGAAGUGAGGAGAUUGAGAAGUGAGAUCCAAGAGAAAGAGGGGGAAAUGAGAUGUCUCGUGUCUGCUCUUGCUACUGUUAGCAGAAUGGCAAGCGAGAAAGUUGGUGAAGGUCACACGACUUGUGCCGAGUAUCACAUGUUGUCACAAGCGGCAGGUAAUAACAUAAAAAGAAAGAUUGGGUAUAUCAUAGACUCUAGAUGCUUUAGUGAGUCUCCGGUAGGUUAAGUUGCUUACGAUAUCUGCCAGUUUGUUUGUGUAUUGAACGAUCGUCUCCCUGCAUGGUAAUGUGGCUUUGUGAUGUAGCAGGAAUGGCAAAUCAACUGACCCCGAUGUUGGUAGCAAACAGCAGAUGUACGGAGCGAGAGAUGGUGGCUGUAGCUCAUAAAGUCCGUCCUUAUUGGCAGGAAUUUGUUGCAUUUCUCUGUCCAUCCUUGUUUUCAGUGGAUGAGAUAAGAGUUAUAGAACGUGAAACUGCAGACUUAUUUUCUCAAAGCAGAAGAGCAUUGGACAAGUGGGGCAAUCACUUUGCUGCUCAAGCCAAUCGUCGGUUAAUAAUACAGACAUUGUGUGACAUUGGACGAACCAGUCAAGCAGUAGAUGUAUUGGUCGUGAGUUGGUGGAGAAUGUCUGUCCACCCAAAUGAUUGUGUUUGUCAAUUGUUGUGGACGUGAUGUGUUAGUCUUUGCAGAGAACAUGAUCUUUUGUGUUUGUAAUGCUUGAUGCAUUUUGCUAUGUAUUUUAGUGUUUAGUGAUUUUUCUAGAUUAAAAUUGCAGCUUAAGUAUAAUAAAAUAUAAAAUAAACUACAUAG